AUCUACAGCAUCUUGAGCUGAAUUAAGACUUCAGAAGUCAUUCGUCAUGUCGAAUGACCAGCGGAUAAACUCUCAGGCUAUAUUUGGAGAGAGCUGAUGUCACAAGUGGUUUGAGCAGAGAGCCUAUAACUGUUGGAGUCGGCUUGUGUGACAGUCUGACAAACCUUGGAGAGCUCCAGUAGCAGACUGGGAUCUAGCCAAGACUACAAAAAGUAAUCACGCUUACAGCAUGUAUCACCUCAGGGUGCCUGUGCUUCUUCUCAUGCUGCUUGUGCUGCUGCACUGCAUCACCGCUGCCCCAAGCUAUAGGUACUUUAGUCCCAGCUCAUCCAGCGAGCAAGAAAGCGAUCUCCCAGAUAGCGAAGCCUGGUUGCUUCCCGGGCUAAUCUCCAACCCAUUUCUCAGCCUCGUGGGUACACGGCCACGAAGGGGGCUCACAGCUAUGAACAGUCACCAUAUAGAGAAGAGAAAGUGCAACACAGCCACCUGCGUCACCCAGAGGCUAGCAGACUUCCUGGUCCGUUCCAGUAACACUAUUGGUACUGUGUACGCACCAACCAAUGUGGGAUCUGCCACCUACGGCAAGAGAGACCUACUGGAGCCUUCAGGCUACGUGAAUCUCUAGUGCCAACUGAGGAAACUCCACAGCAUUUGCAGCAAUCCUCACAGCUCUGAUGAUAUAACCAAUCAUGUAACAAUGAUUGUGAGAAUGACAUAUAUAUAAUGAUGGCAAUGAUGGCAAUGAUCACAGACUUUUCUUGAUUACUUUCUUAACUUAAGAAACAGUGCCUUUGAUUUAAAACAUCACUGUAUAUUUUUUUUUCUGCCUUUUUGUGUGUUGUGGCUUCAUAUGUUGUUGCACAAUGGCAUGAUGGGAAUAAUAAUAAUAAAAAAACAACCAAACGUUAAAGUAAUUCAUGGGAAAUAAAAUAAAGGAAAAAACAU